UUCACUUCUGUUUUGACUGAACAGUAUAUAGUAAGUGCAUGGUUUGCGGGAGGCGGAUUCAGAGAAACUGUUGUCAGACAAACUGAAUGUAUCUUCGAAUCCAGGCCAGGAUCAAGGAGUUGUAAUGGCGGGACAAGGAUUUCAAGGUGCACUGAGGGUCAUGCUCCUUGUGUGUCUCCUUGGACUAACAAAAGAGUUUGAACUUGAGGACAAAGACUGGGAUGAGUUGAGGUYUGAUGUGGCUGCGCUGCACAGAUUGAAAGGAUUACCUGAUCAAAUGACACGUAGGACCACAGGAGCAGACACCAGAGAGAUAAUAAUGCACGGGACCAGGACAAAGAGAUUCAGCAAUUACAGGGCAUAUGUGGAGAAAAAGCCCAUGGCUUUAUUUGAUGGUCUUAGGGGAUGUGACAAUUUUACAACAUGCGUCAUUCAAAUGGACCAGGAUUUUGAAAGGUUCCUGGAAGAAAUUGAUGGACAAAAGAUCCAAGAUUUGCUGCUGUCUGCUUCUGAAAUGUCUUACACCUACAGCAACAAACUUCUCCUUAUAAUGGACAAGGAAGAGUGGACUCGUCAGCGAGUAGAACAGGAGUACAGCRUAGAUCCUCAUUAUUCAGUAAUGGUCAGUGAUGCUUGUAUAUACAAUGAUUCAUGUCUCCCAACCGUUAACAGUGACACAGUUGUAAAGAUAUUUGGUACUGCCUCAGAGGAUGGACAUACUCUGUCCGGUUACUCUGGUUCCUCACUAGCAAAUCUAAUGUUGACACCAUCAUUGAGAGCAGCAUCCGUUUUCUCCCUUGACAUCAAUACCACUUCUUCAUUUCAUAAUGACUUCAUGAGGGUUUUUAAGUAUCAUGACAAUAAUGCUGUCUUGGAAACUACCAGCCCGGAAGAUCUUCUCACCUACCAAAUCAUGGAUCACACCGACACUCAGUGA